AUGUCGAACUCUCUUCUUGCACACAAUGGAUAUCCCAGGAUAGCUUACGCUGCCUGUUCAGGAUCGCCGCUCUUUAAUCUGCUCAUCGGCGCCGGCACGUCUUACACCAUAAAAAUCGCUCGCACUGGGGACCACAAUGCUGCGGUAAGCCAAACCUUCUUUUCUGGCCAUAAACCUUUCUAGGCCCCCUGAGUAAAAGCGAUCGAAAUCGAGCUUUCCGUUGUCUUCUGACAUACCUGGUCUAUAGGCAUUUAUCAGUCCCGUCAGAAUGUUAGCCGGUAUGUUUGCAGUCGGGGUUCGAAGUCCGCUCAAGCGAGGGUUACGAAUUUAGCCAGAAACAGCUUGCCGAUAUCAACAUUUCCCCAGUCUUGUGUGUAGUUGCCACGCUCCGCUGGAGAAGCUUUCAUGCAGCAAGUCGAGCAGUUUUAGUUUGCUGGUAAAUCCAAUCGGGUUAAAAAUGGAACUCCACUAGACGCCCACAUUACGGAGAAUUGGCUUUCGCUUACCCGGUUUCCUUUCAAGUUCAGGCCCAUGUUGCCUUGCCUGAACAACAGUUUUGUGAAAGGGUUUAAUAGCAAACGCAACCAGCGUUGCCCUUAAGCAAGAUAUUGGCUUGUACACGGGAAUAAGAACCCUCCGUACUACAGGUGGUUCUGCGCCAAAUUCCAGGAGGAGUACCUAUUUCCGUGUCUAUGCGUAACUCCAACCUUGACCCUAACCCUCUUGACCCAGUACAUUAACCCCUAUAACCCUAAUCCUAAGCCCCUCCCCCCGGGACUUUAGCGCGCGGCCACCUGUCAUUAGGGGGCCCAUAUUCCCGUGUCCUACCAGAACUCGCAGCAUGUUUCUGUGUCUCCUGACAAGGUUGCCGUUCAUCGCUUGCGACGCAGUGCACGUGUGUACACUAACCAUGGCCUACUGCUUAUUGGGUGACCAACCGCGCGUCCAAUCUGUUCGGAGGGUAUGACGCCCAUCGCGCCUGGUCUCAGGAGCACGAGCUACACUAAAGUUUGACUGGUGGAUCUGCCAAUGUCACGAGAACGAUCGGUGAGCGCCCCCUACCAUUGUAUAUUCCCGAUCGAAAUCGACAAGGCAACGAACUUGUGGCCCAGUGGUUAGAGGCAUGGACUUCUAACUAGCAGGUCGCAAGUUCGAGUCUCGGGUGUUCCACACUUCGGGGUUGGGUAUGACUGGCUGACGAUGGCAAAAAAACCAGAAAUGGCCAUUCCAGUCUCGCUUGUCUUCGUCAGUAAUACGCCUUCUGCCUAUAUCAUGCGCCACUGUGCGGCCGCUGUUUGGGCUCGAGAGAAAGUCCGUAUGGCACAACGGAACGAGUGAGUUCCGUAAAAACGAUCGGUGAGCGCCCCCUACCAUUAUAAUCGUAGUCCCCUGUUCAUUAAUACUCGUCGCGAAAUUCACAACAGUGUCCACGUCAGUUGCGAAUUUUCUUAACCGUCUGUGGUGUCUUCGGGACAUGAUAGUUCCACCGUCGUGACCGACGAUGUCCUCCCUAUGCUGUACAUCAGGGUGACAGCAGGGACGAUGACUUGCGCACGGCUUCUUUUAUUGUGAUGGUAGACUUGUGCCGCAUCUACCGCAUCCUCUUCCCCUCCCCCACCUGGAACCGGUGUCAAGAGUCAGGAAGACCGUAGGCGGGCCAGGGCGGAGGCGGUCUGCAUGGCAAGAACGCGCACCUAGGCCGGUGGAUCUGCCAAUUCCGCAGCCCGGCGCCGCUGGUCGCAAAUUCCGUCAGGAGAGGUGGUUGGGCAGACAAAGAAAGGCGGAUGUUUGGAGAGAGGAAACUAGAGGAUAUCUGGUAGUCGGCUGCGCUUGCUGAAGCCUGGUACCAAAAGUGGACGGUACGUGGCCGGUAGCAGGUGCUGUUCGGGGCAUGUCCAUUCGAUUAGUGGUUAGUCUCUACGAUCAUAGAUACAUUUGAAGUAAGAUCGUGUUUACGUCCCAUAAGGAUGCGUAAGUAGAGUCCAGUCUUCAUCGCACCUCUGUGGUUAGAUAAAGAUCUGCCAGUAUGCGGCUACAAGUCCACAGUUAUGGAACGGAUGAAAAACACGGCAUCAUACCUUCCAGAACGCCAGUGUUAACCCGCCUCCGACAGAAAUGCCAGACGAUCUGCAUGGAGCAGUAUGCGCUGAAGUCACUAAAUCGCACGCCUUUUCAUACCAUUCGAAUGUAAGUAUAUCCUAUCUUGAAUAACAUGCCGAACAAGACUCAUAAUGUAGCAGUUAUUUGUAAAGUUCUAAAAGACCAUUGCGAACAUCAUGUCGAACGCGGAAUCGUAUUUUCAUCCUCCUGAUCUGUCAAAAGCAAACAACCAUUCAUUGCCCAAUAGUGUGCCGACAUCGUUCUCCCAAACGUCGGUAAAACGAGCACACAGUUCCCGAUGUCUCUCUUACUUCUGAGUCAUACCCAAAAACUUGUGUCGGCACUUCCGGGGUUCUCUUAAGUUAUUUUCGUUUCCAACGCUGAAUGCAGUUAGUGCAGUCAUUUUGUGGUGCUACUUCGAUCUGGCCGACGACACUCAAGCGCUCUCAUGCGAUAAUAACCUCCAUGUAUUUCGAUUAAGGCGAUCACAUAAGCGUCUGAUCCAAAAAUAAUAAAACUAUUAGUAGUUCAGAAGAAGAAGAAGAAGAAGAGGAGGAGGAGGAAAAAAGAAAAUGAAGAGGAAUAACGUGCGAUCGCUGGGACAACCAUUUUAUUGGCCCGAUAUUUCGGAUAUUCACUCGAACCCAUCAUCAGAGACAAGUGCAAAAAAGGGUAAUAGGGGCACAAAGUGUGUAGUAUUUAUAGGGCGCGACUACCAAGUCACCACACGCCUACUAUAUUUGGCGACACUCCUGUUCAUCGUUGGUCAUCAUAGUUGAUGCGAUUAUCGCUUGUCGUCCCGUAUCCGAGUGGUUAAUCGCCGUGAUUUCAUUACCGUUGUCGAUUCUUGGCACGACGAUUACCUGGCGUUCGGAGCAGUCUUCCGGUUUCUCCGACAUAGUUGCUUUAUCCACAACUGCACCAGAUCCGGUAAACGACUCCAGACGUUUUCUACUGUGACAGUGGGUCUUUCGGUCUCAAGACCUCGCGCCUGAUGGCUGCCUCCGGUCUGUCUACGACUUGGACUCCGAGUGGUGUGAGGAGGUGGCCAGAGCUUCCGGCAGAUUCCAACGUACGAGAGCCCUCACCAAAAUUUGGGGCCGGUUGAAUUUUGUCCCUCGUCCCGUUUAUGCACGCAGUGGCUGACGAAGUUGCGCGGGUACCCAUUUGUUCUAAGCACCCGUUGAGUGUAUUGUAGCUCAACAACCUUGUCUUCCGGUCUCGACACACCGGUAUGGCGCCCUUACGUAACUGCGUUUAUGACUGUAUUUCCGGAAGACGGCGUUGAUAUGUCCCUUGAUUUACAACAUCUGGUCCCGUUCGAUGACGAGAAAAGUAUCGUGCACAUACCGACAUGGCUCAAUUGUCAGCUGCGUGCUAGCAUAGUAACUGGCUCCAUUGGUCACAGCAUGAAACUACUUGUCUGUGGGAAAUUAGCACUUGAAGUGAUCGGCAUCAGGGCUGGCCAAAACCUACUUGAGCUCCGAGGCUCUGGUGCUAACUUACACAUCGAUCCCCCCCCCUUCCCACCUAGCGCGCAUUGCCCUCACCACCAGACGCUGUGACCCCGUUUCUAACCAAUGGCCCGUAUGGUGACACAGACCACUCAGCUCUCAGCCUCGUGCCCCUGAGGUGCCAGACACUCACACGAUCCAAAAGCAUGCACCCGCACUGGCGCUUCCGCCGCUUGACCUGAAAUGCCACAGAAAGUCCUGUUUUGGUGUGCUUUAAAUGUUUGCAACAACCUUUCAAGUAAAAACUGUCUCCUCACUCAGCCACGCUGUGCGACGCAUUACCUCCAAGCAAAAUCUCUUAUCAACAGCCCUGGGGUAUUGUUAGGUUUGAUUUGAUGUAAUCGCCCUGCGGCUUUUUUGCCCCUUACAGACUUCUCGUCUUCUUCUGAAUGCGAACCCAAUCGUCGCAACUUUGACGUCUUUUAGAGAGUAAUUGCAUUCGCAUAACUGGUGAGAAACGGACCCACCUGACUGUACAGUCUAGGCAUAAUGCGCCCCAGCCAGAACAGUCCGCACCUCACACGAGGCAUUGGGGCAGGACUUCGGUCGGAAACGAAUGUGCGUAUCCAUCUCCCCCCCGCCGUGAACUUUGAUGCAAGGCCAUCUGUCGUGCGAGAAUGGCGGAUAGAGGGAUUGUACGGGUCGCACAGUGCAGGGAAGAGGGGACGCCGAGUUUUAAAGUUUUUAAGGAGGAAAAAUCGUAUUUACGCCGAAAGAACUCGCUUACUAAAACGUUUAGGCAGUUGACAGCGUGCACGGUCUCACGGAAGGAAAUGCCCACAGCUCGUUGAUUAAGAAACGCCGGGUAAUUAAUCUCGAAGGAUAAUGAUCAGUAGGCUAUCGAGAAAUCUGUUAAGGUCAUGCAUCUAAAUUUGGAUACCAUUAUGACUGUGUAUGAGUUUGGUAACAGGGUGCAGGGGAGUUCACACAUUCAUUCCAUACCAGGCCAGCUUCCUCAUUGUCGCCCCUUCCUCUGGGAGGCACACCUUCCCUCACCGGGACAAGAGGGUCAUUAACCUUCUAAUGGGGAGGGGGGAGGGGGUCAGAAUGAGUUCAUCUAACUCGUUUAUCCACUACAUUUAGUGGCAAAAAUAUAUACUGUUCAGUCCCUAUAGCGGACUGAAGAGAGAGAGGUCUAGAAGGAGGGACAGGUGGCUUUGUUGCCAAAGUAUUCAUAAUAUUUUCGGUAAGCACCCCAUAUAUAGUCACGAAAAAGACAAACGAAAAUUAAUGGGGCGAACUAAAACGAAAUAUAAAAAGAAUUUUACUACUUUCGGGGUAACAUGCAAGACCUCUGCUUCUCUACUUCUGCCUCCUGACACUUCGAAAUUCGAGCCACACCUAUUGCCAAUCUAGACAUGAAAGCUCCCCCCCCCGUUGAGCGGAGCAUCCGUGCGACCAUAAAGUCAGGGUAGUAGAAGUUGGGCAGUAACCUUGGGAAAUUCAAUCGCAAAGUGCCUGAUCAUCGCAGAUUGCCGUCGUAAGAUGAUAUCAAAUAAAAAAGAAAGAGGAAUCACCAGUUGCAACACGAAGCAUACGAAAGAUGCAUCCUCCUUAAUAGGACUAGAAGAAAUACAAAAGUUCAGCAAAGAGUGGGUCGAUGCCUCUUUACUCAAUAACAUUAUUCUUCUCUUCCCCUCUUCCACUCCAACGCAGCUCUCCUUCACCCUCACCCACGCUCUGCUCUUUACAUUCCUCCUGGUUGUGUUGACAACUAAUCUAAUCGUCGCAACAGCCUGCAACUUCGAGAUGCGCAAAGCCUACGGCGUUGUGCUUAUCCUCGCUUAUGCAGUCUUCCUCACACUGGCUAUCCUCAUUGAGGCGGACGUCAUCGUCUCGCCCAGGCAGUGGCACCUACUCACGGGGACGGAGUAG